AUGGCGGCUCUGUCACUAGCGUGGGUUGAUUUUUCCGUGUGCGAAACAAACAACGUUCUUGCCAUCUGCCAAACAUGCACUGCAGAAGUUCCACGAGGCGGAAAGAAAGUGUCCUCGUUCAACACCACUAACCUGAUCAGCCAUAUAAAGCUGCACCACAAGAAGGAAUACGAGGCUGUUGCUAUCGCGAAGGCUAAGGCUAAUUUCAACAUACAGCUAAGGAACGAGGCUUGUGACGACUGCUCAGUCUCGGGCAGCGCCGCCGCCACUCAUCUCUGGUUCAACUCCUCAAGCACCACGGCCAAACAGAGGCCUGGCGCGGAUUAUGCCUUCGAAUAUGACAAGCCUGGAACGGAGCGUUCACGCAGGAGGAGAGGUGAAGAUGACGACUUUGAGAGUGACCUGGAGGAGGAUUUGUUAGAAGAAUUUUCGCCUUUGGGUAAGAAGAAUCUUUCUGAAGAUGAGGACGAAGAAGAGCUGAAUGAUGCUCUUCUACAGAGUGAUGAAGAUGAACAGAUGAGUGGCCAGGAAGUGAGCCUCAAUGCAACGGACAGCUUAUACAAGCAGGAGAAUACGCAGCACUACGCUGAUGACGCCGUCAUCUUGGGCACCGACGACUACGAGGAUGUGGCCGUGGAGGCCGGUUACACGCUAGACCAGGGAGAUGAGUACACGGACGAUUACAUUCAGGAUGAUGGGCCAGAAGACCAAGUGGAUUACACUACAGACGAAGUGCUUGACAUCCAAAUCAAUGAACCUAUCGAUGGAGAAUUUCAAGACAAUGAAUACCAAAACUAUGAGGAUGAAGGAGUCCAGCAAGACGUUACCCAUGAGGUGGAGAGUUUGGGGAAUGAACAGCAACAAGGGGCACAAGACUCUCAGGUCUUUGAAACAUCAGAGGCUGAAAAUGAAGCCAAGCCUACAGAACCCAAAGAGGACUCGGAUGACGACGAUGACGAAGAUGGAGACUCUGGUCGUAUCCGCUUCAAGUCGGAGAGAAAGGAUGGCGGUAUCGUGCGUUUAGCCGAUGCUGGGAAUAAGCGGAGGAAUAUCCCGGAAACACUAGAACUGUCAGACAAGGCCAAAAAAGAUCUUAUUCAGUACGAGCAACAAGAACGGCAGAAACGGCAAAAUCGGUAUGGGGGCCGAGGAGGAGGAAGAGGAGGAGGCUACACUGGAUAUGGAAUGCAUAACAUGAGAGGAGGAAACCGAGGAAGAAUGAACAACCACAGCUUCAACCAAAGAGGCAACAUGGGAAUGCGGUCCUCUCGAAUGCCUCUCCUCCAUCUCCCCCAUCAGCAGCAACAUCACCACUCUUUGUUCCGGCCGCGAGGACCCCACCCCUUCCAAGAUCACGGGCGACCACACGGGCAGCAACCCCUGCAGCCUCUUAUCCCGCCACACAUGACACACCGCUUGCCGACGCUUCAGCCCCAGAUUGAGCCGCCACCGCCAAGACCGUUGGCCUCCCCGCCUCCAAGUUUUGGCCAUCAUCACAACCAACAUCAACAACACCACCACCACCAGCCGCCACCACCACAGCAGCAGCAGCCCCACCAACCCAAAAACAUUCACAUUAAUCCCCAUUUCAGAGGCUCGGCGCCAUCCUCUGUGCCAGUGCCCUUGAUGCCUCCUGCUCCGAGCCAACCCAGGCCUGCUGUGGGUCCUCAAAGGUUCCCUGGACCGGGGGACUUCCAUCAGCACAUGCCAAAUAAUUUUGGUCAGCCCCAGCGGCCGCCUCAUCACAUGGAGCCCUUCAGGAACCCGCCGCAUCAAGGCCCCCAGGACAGAGAGCAGCCCCUCUUUAUGGGAGGCCCAGAACACACGGAUCCAGCGAGCUUUCCAGGGCAGCUCAUGUUUGAUCACCAGGGCCCCAACCCGCACAUGAACACUAACCUGCAGCCGCAAAUGCCCGCACAGGGCCACAUGGGGUUCGGUCAACCAGGACCGGCCUUCGGCCAGCCGGGCCCGCAGGGCCCACUUGGACUGUUCUCUAGAGAGCCGCCGAGACCCAGCCUCCCCCAUCCCCAAGGCCACCAGGGGUUGGUCAGCUUGAAUCAGCAAGUUCCCCCUCCCAACCAGGCAAGGCCCUUCAUGAACCCUCGUCAGUCCUUUAAUCAGCAGGGGAGCCUUUUCCCUCCACCACAAGCCCAAUUUGGGAUGCAGGGCUUGUUGCACUGCCCCCCUCAGCCUCCGAUUCAGGACCCCCUCCCCACCCAUCAGCCCAUCCACCAACAGCAACAUAGGCAGGAUCUCCUCCAUCACCAGCAGCCGCAACAGCUAAAUCUCAACGACCCUCCUCACUUGCUUCACCACAGCCAGAAUCUCUUCCAGCAACAGCCGUCACACAGCAGUCCGAGACAUUCGAGCCCCCGCGUCCAAAACCUACAACAGCGCAACAUGGGCAACAGGCAAAGGAUGAACACACCUGCUCCCAAGCAAAUCCACCCUCAGCGCAACAGCAACCUACGGGAGCUCCCUAUAGCACCUGGCAACGCAAACAUGAGCACCUCCUACCCCACUGGUUCCCUCGGUGCCAACGUCAGGCCUGUUGCCAAGGCAACGCAAGGGGUGCGUCCCGUGCAGCGUGCUCAAGCGGUGCCUGGAGGCGGCAGAGGAAGAGGCCAGGUUGCUGUCAAUACCACCCCGCAGCCCCUGGCCGCGGGCAGGACGGUGAUUCGCAAGGAAAUCGCUAGCAGUACAGCAUCACAGGAUCCGGACGAGGACGAAGAGACUAGGGAGUACCGUCUGAAGAUUGAGGAACAGAAGCGCCUCCGAGAGGAAAUUCUGAAGAGGAAGGAGCUACGACGGCAGAUGCAGGCUGGCGUCAGGAAGAAGGAGCUUCUAGACAGGAUCAACACUCAAACGCCAACCCAAAGCAACACGGCUUCACAGCAGCCAACAACCCCGCAAAACCAGCCGGCCCCACCUGCCCCGCAGCAACUACUGGUACCGGCGCCACAGCAGCAGCAACAGGGACAGCGACAGCCUCCGCAACAGCAGAGACAAGGACUGCUUGGUAAUCCCAAUGGCGCGCCCCAACUGCAAACGCCGCGUCUCAAUGUCAAGACGCGCUUGCAGAUGGGAAAGGGAAAUAGCCAGCAGCUACAGACUCUCAGGCCCGGUCCGGACCAGCAGCAGAGUCAGCCCCCACAAAGCCCUCUGCAGCAGCAGAGAAGGGCAAGCGGGCCGCUGAAUGCAAACAAACCUGCCGCUCCUAACCAGAUUGCUCAGAUCCCCCAACAAAACAUUCCUGUGACUCCCGCGCUGGGGCCUGGUCAGCCCCAGGCUCAAGGACUUAAACCUGGGGCUAAAAGAACAGUGAUGCAGCGGGCCAAGCUCGCUGACGGCGAAGGCCAGCAGGUGCCGCAAAAAGUCAGAGUGGUCAAACUUUCCGGCGGGCCAGGAAAGGGCCCGCAGGCCACGGGUAUGCCAGUCCAGCAACAGUUCCAUCAUCGAGGCUCCUGGCCGGACAACCCUGUCAGGCAAGGCGUCCAACGGAAGGUCACUAUGGGGGGACAACAGCUGCACAGUGCAGGUGGAAUGCAACAGGCGGGCCGAGGAGGCAUUGCCAACCUGCAGCAGAACAGGGUCGUCGUUUCAGGCCGAGGAAGGGGGGGCACCCCUGUGGGUCGAGGGGGUCCGAUGGGUCCCAGGCAAGGGCAAAGGGUCGAUGAGAGUCAACGGCGCACUGUCACCAUUGAAGGCCUAUCGUCGUCCACCACUGAGGUGCAGCUGCAGAGCCUAUUGCGAUCCAUCGGCCCAAUUGAGAUGUUCAGAAUGAUACCUCAGCAAAGGAAAGCAGUUGCCACCUUCUCAAGUCCGCAGCAUGCCGCCAGCUUUCAAAUAAGCUUCCAUAGGCACAUGAUUGAUUUAUCCCACAUUGAUGUGAAGCUGAUUGACGGAUGA